AUGGCAUCCCAACCACCUUCCGUGACAGCCUUGUCAGCGCCUGGAAAGGUUCUCCUGACGGGUGGUUACCUUGUCCUCGACCGCAGCUACACGGGUACUGUUUUCGCACUCGAUGCGCGCAUCCACGUUGUUGUUCAACAACUCAGACGGGGUCACCGCCGCGGGGCUUCUGGGUCUGGACCGGAACACAAGGCCGCUGUUAGCGGUAGCGAGACGGAGUCUGUUCGACUAGAGGGGUCUGGUGUUGACGAGACCGAGGCCGAGGAUACCGUUGUUGUUCGCUCACCACAAUUCGAGAAUGCGAUCUGGGAAUACGGGAUUCAGCGGUGCGAGAAUGGUGGCGGAGUUAAGGUGGUUCAGAAGAAUGAUGGUCCACGAAACCCUUUCGUCGAAACCUCCUUGAGCUAUGCUUUGACCUACAUUGGUUACGUCGCCGACUCAAAGGAUUUCGGCUCGCUCUCUGUGACUAUCCUGGCUGAUAAUGACUAUUACUCGGAGACUGCGGCUUCCAAGCGUCCUGCAUCGCAAGGUCGGGGUCGCUUUGUCAAUUUCGGUGUCCCUCUUCUGGAAGCACACAAGACAGGACUAGGUUCAUCAGCUGCCUUGGUGACCGCACUUGUUUCGUCACUUGUGAUCCACCGAACUAUGCAGGCAGAUGACCUCGGUGCAGGCCGCGACAAGCUUCACAAUCUGGCCCAAGCCGCCCACUGCGCAGCUCAGGGCAAGGUCGGUUCAGGGUUCGACGUAGCUGCUGCCGUGUAUGGAUCUUGUUUAUACAAGCGUUUCUCACCAGCAAUUCUCGAGUCGGUUGGUGAUGUGGGAUCUCCUGGAUUCGAUGAGCGACUAUUUGCCGUUGUGGAAGAUGCUGAUCCCGAACACCCAUGGGACACCGAAUGCGUUGAUUUCGGUAUGCAGCUGCCGCGCGGGAUGCAGAUGGUGCUUUGCGAUGUCGAAUGUGGCUCGCAGACGCCAUCGAUGGUUAAGAAGGUGUUAGCGUGGAGGAGUGAAAACCGCCAGGAGGCCGAUACCCUCUGGGCCAGUCUCCAGAAAAACAAUGAGUGUCUCCGUCAGGAACUCAAGCGUCUCGCACAACACCCCGAAGCCAACACAGAUGGCGAAUUCUCCGAAAUCCAGAAUUACAUCCAGCGUACCCGCGACCUUAUUCGCACAAUGACCCGCCGGACGGGUGUGCCCAUUGAGCCGAGCGUACAGACCGAGCUGCUGGACAGACUCACUGAGAUCGAUGGGGUAAUUGGCGGAGUGGUGCCCGGCGCUGGCGGAUACGAUGCAAUUGUGUUAUUGAUCCGGGACGAUCCCGCGGUGAUUACACGACUGAAUGAACAGUUUAUCAACUAUGAGAGUGCGGUGGAGGAUGAUUUUGGUGGGAAGAUUGGAAAUGUACGGCUACUGGGUGUCCGGCAUGGGUCCGAAGGGGUGAAGAAUGAAGUGCUGGAGCAGUAUGCGGGCUGGGUCUAG